AUGUCACGCAAAGACAAAGUUAUGGCUAAACAGGAAAUUCAUAAAACUUUAAAAUUGUGUAACUUCUGCACACGAAAAAUAGGUCUUUCUUUUAUUGAUGAACAACCUACAACUUUACUUUGUAAAAUAUGGACUCAUAUAUGGUUUCUUGGGUCUGCGGUUAUAAUAUUUUUUAAAUUUGCUGGUGAAGCGAACUUUGCUGUGACGAAACUAGUCAAUUCAGCGUCGGUGGUGGAAUUCGUUGCAAGCUUACAUAUUAUUGGCUACGACAUUAUGAGUUUCGGUAAGCUGUGGACGAUGUGGUACAAAAGGAAUAUAUUCCGGAAUCUUCUCAUUGAACUCGCCGACCUGUGGCCAACGUCGGACCACGACAAAGAUUCUAUUGACAUCAAACGACAGAAACUUUCUAGACUACAAAUUGGUCAAUUCUGGUAUGCCUUUUGGAAUAUAUUAGGAGUAUGGCUAUACAACUUGACUCCGAUAGCUAUUUUAGUCUACCACCGGAUUCAAGGCACAUCUGCUAAUUUAGGAUACAUCUAUCAUUUAUUGUAUCCCUUUGAUAAGACACAGCCCGUAUACCACGAACUUGCCUUUGUCUUUGAAGCCUUGGCAGGCGUUGUGUCAGUAUGGUCAAUGCUCGGCUCAGAUAUUCUGUUCAUGACGAUGGCGAGUCACAUCAGCAUGUUGCUACGACUUUUGCAGUUAAAGAUACGAUGCUUGGGUACACAAAAUAGCGUCAGCCAUAAAAAUCAGAUCAAGCAUGGGGAUUUGUACCAAGAAAUUAUUUCUGUUAUUAAAAUACAUCAGAGACUUAUAAAGUACGGAAAUGAUUUAGAGGACGCAUUCUCAGUUGUCAAUCUUCUUAACGUACUGUUAAGCUCGGUGAAUAUUUGCUGUGUUGUUUUCAAUAUACUUUUAGAUCCAUGGAUGGCAAUGAGUAACAAGUUCUUCUUGGGGGCCGCUUUAACUCAAGUGGGUAUUAUGUGUUCGUAUGCCGACGAUAUUUUCACAUCAAGUUCAGGUGUAGCAGAUGCGGUGUACGACAGUGGAUGGUAUAACGGUGAUAUCCGCUGCCAGCGAGCAUUGUUAGCCUUGAUACAAAGAUCCCAGAAACCGUUAUAUUUCACAGCACUUAAAUUUAGCUCUAUUACAAUGUCGACAUAUAGUUCGAUUCUCAUAAAAUCGUAUUCCUACUUUACAUUAUUAUACACGGUAUACAUAAGUGACUAA